CUCACCUAGGCUCGGCCCAGCUCGCUGCCGUAGAUCCCCCCCCCCUUCGACGUGUGACAAAGAUACCUGAUAAAAUGAAAAUGUUCUGACCACCCACGGUACACAGAACCGCGGGUCCAGCCUGCAGCCAAGAUGUCGAGCGAAGUGGUGAGCGAAGGGCCUACAACCGGGGGCGGUGGUACCGUUUUGCUGCCGAGCGUGACUCGGCUGUCGGACGUGGUGGCCGCGGCAGCUGCUGGUCUCCAGCUGGCUCCCGUGACCAUCGUCCUGGCGGCCUUUGUGGUCUUCUUCCUCGCGCUGUUCACCGUCGGCGGCAAUUCCUUCAUACUGGCUGCUUUUUACCGCUACAAGCGCCUCAGAACGGCCUCCAAUUGCCUCCUCGUGUCUCUGGCGAUUAGCGACUUUGGGGUCGGCGUGGUGAUGCCCUUUGGCACGUACCUCGAGCUGGCCGACGGCAGCGGUGGGCCCUCGUCGGGUCUCUGCGUCGUGCCCUACUGCGUCCUGAUAACCCUGUGCAGCGUGAGCGUACUGGUGACCGUGGCCAUAGCCGUGGAUAGGCUCACCUCGCUGGCCCAGCCCCUCAGGUACAAGAACAUCAUCACCCACAGCAGCAUCGAGAAGUACAUAGCCGUUUUUUGGGCUUACGCCACAGUCGUCGGGCUCUCGCCUCUCAUGUAUCCCAAGGUUGCCGGCGCCGACGCUCAGGCUUACAGUGGCAGCUGUCGUUUCAACGGAGUGAUAAAGCCGCCCGUGCGAGUCUUCCUGUUCUUGGCUGUGUGGGCACCAAGCGCCCUCAUACUGAUAGGUUGCUACGUGUACGUGUACCUGGUGGCACGAGCCCACGCCCGAGCCAUAUACACGGUCGAGCUGUCGUUUCGCAACCAAACGCAGACCCUGGCGCUGCCGCGGUACGGACAGACCCUCGCCGUCACCGUCGGCGCUUUCUUCAUACUCUGGCUUCCCUUUCAGACGUGCAUGCUGCUCGACACCUUCUUCGGCACGAACAUCCUGUCGGAGUGCACGGUCUGGCUGGGGCUGCCGAUUCUCGCGCACAGCGGCACCAACCCCUGGAUCUACGCGUUCCACCACGGCGAGAUCCGACUUGCCGCGGGCAAGGUAGCCGAGGACCUGGUCUCCCUGUUCGGGGUGACGCCGAGCCACUACUACGGCUGCUCGCCGACGCGCCGCGGCUCCCACACGAACCUUGAACUCGCCGAGGUCAACAGCAACGAGGAGCGCCGCCCGGCUGUCGAGGACUGCUUCGCGGCCAAGCACCUCCACCACCAGCUGCUCCUCCAACGGGGCACCAUAUACUCGAGCAAACGGGGCCUCGAGCUAUCGACCCACAGCUGCCGGCUACCAGACAACGACCGCCCGACACCAGACAGACCCAACGCCGACAGAACCGUCGCCCUCGACGAGGACAUCCACGAGCUGACCAAGAUGCUCGAGCCCAGGCUCGUCGCGGACCCGAGCCACUCCGUGGACAACGCCAACACCAGUAGAAUCAGGAAUCUCAAGUACCUGCUCGACCCGACCUUCCUCAGGAUCCGGCACCUCGGUAGGCUCAAUUGCCACAAGCGCGUCCCCCCAGCCACCAAUAAGGCGAGAGGCACGUCCCGAUUCCAUGUCUCCUACCAGCACCUCGAGAUGGGCGGCAGGAGCAACAAGCGCCGGGCCACGGUCUACCUGAACGCCAUGUCCGACCCGGCGCUCAACGCCGACAACGACGAGGACGACGAGGACGACGAGGAAGACGGUGUCUACGGCCACAGGUGCCAGUCCCUGCAGGAGUACCUCCGUGGCACGAGCCACAAGCCUUCCAAUCUUUCUUCGGUGUCCGACUCGAACAUCAGCUGCGGAGCCAGGGCUGCCGAGACGACCCGCAAGCACCCUUGCCUGGUCGAGAGGGGCCACCAUCAUCAUUACCGGCCCAGCCACUUGGCGGAGCUGCAUCGCGCCCGUAGCGUCAGGUGGUCCUUUUCCUGGGCCCGACGGGCGCGCCAGCGCUACCUGGGGCCCAUCAAGUGCCGCGACCUACUCCCCGCGCGCUCCACACCUUCCCCGCUCGAGCUGUGCCCGCCGAGCAGCCCACGGCUCACGAUAACCCCGAACCGGCUGGCGAGUCUCGUACAUCGGCAACGCGACUGCGUCCCGUCGGCGUCGCUCCUGGAACCAUCCUCGGGCCUGAUGGACUGCAGGCUACAGGUGCCGGCGAUACGCUCGGAGCCGCCCAGUCCGAUCGAGUCUCUCCAGCGCAACCUCGACUCCCUGCAGGAGGAGGAUGGCAACAACAACAACAACAACAACGCAGCUGGCCGCCGUUGGCUCGGCAGCCCCACGAGGCACUCCGACCCGGUGGUGCCCUCGGUUCUUCUGAACAUCGAGGACGACGGUUGGUCGAGCAUCCAUAACAGCAGCUCGCCGACCGUGCCCACCAGUCCCAAGGAGCUGUCGGAGCUGCUGCUGAUGCGCCUGGCCGGCGUCGAGCCCGCGGUGGUGCAGCCGAGCCCCAACAUUGGGUACGAGCGGGCCUUCCGGGAGCACGACUGCGCGACGAGGUUCAGCUCGCGACGGCCCUCCGACUCGCGCUGGUCCGAGUCCUCGCGCAGCCAGGAGGUGCUCUCUUGCAGCGCCACGUCCACGGAGCCGUUGCCCCAGCUCGCCCGGCGCUUCCCCUCCUCGUGCUCGGUCAGCCACUUUGACCACCUCAGCUCCUCGUCCAGGUGCCUCGUCGAGCCCUUCUUAUGCUCGGACGCGGCGCUCACCUCGUCGCUGCGCGAGUCCUUCUUUGGUGGGGCUGUCUCGAUGCCCGACUCCGAAGACACCUUUACCUGCUCGUUCGACGACGAUGACGACGCUGCAUCGGCCACGAGGCACGGCAAACAGGGCCCAACGAGCUCGGCGUCGAGCGUCAGUUUGUUGGUGAAACGACCGGUGGGGGUGCACCGUGGGGUGCAGCUUGAGCUCCAGAGCAGGUCGACCGAGUCGAUUUUGCGGUCCAGGGGGGAGCAGACCGAGGGCGUAUGCGCCAUACUGAGGCUCGACGAUGGCCUCUACCGGAGCAGGCCGAGGCUCGUGGUCGCCGGUGGAUGCAACAGCCUGAGAUUGGCGCCCCUGGCCACCCCCACGCCCACGGACGACGUGCUCCUCCAGUGCACGCCCACCCUCGACGUGACCCUCGUCGCUGAGCUCAAGACCGGCGAGCCCUCGCCCCUUGGCGUCCGCGUCUGA